AAAUAGGAAACGGAAGUGAAUUGAAUUAAAAAGUUAACUUUUAAAUGUCGGUAGAGGUGUCACUCAAAUCAAAAGUUGCAAAAAAUUAAAAAAAUACUGUAAUAGAUCAAUUUACGGACUUAUCAGAUUAAUCGAGACUAAUUAAACUAACAAUGGCAUUACCAGCUUUACGCCAGCCAAAGAAAGUUAUCCGCGAAAAGCCGAAGAUUUUGUUGGAUGAUGUGCAAAACGUGAUUUUAACUUUGAAAGAUAAAAAAUCGCUUGUGGUCUCUUCUGAUGCUUAUCACGGCAUACUGAGGGGCAGGGAAGUGUACAGAUGUGUGUUCUGCAGCAAAGAUAUAGAGCUGGACGUCAAGAUAAAGGAAUGGCAUAAAGAUUCUGAGAAACAUAGAAAAGUGUUGGAGGGCUACCCUCAUGACGAUGGUUUCGGCGAGAAUUUGGUCCGGAAGCUUGCAGAAGACAUAUACUACUGCACCCUCUGCAGAGUGAUUGUCCCAGCGCCGUUCAUAACCCGCCACAUCAUGACAGAGGCACAUACCUCGGAAAUGGAUAAGGCAAUCGCUAAAGUCUUCGCGCACAGACUCGGUGACAAGUGACAGACGUAAUUUGUACGUGCAUGCCUUUUGUGAUAUGUCGUGUCAAUAUGUUAAGUGGGAUUGAUAAUCUUGGACGUUUGUGAUCUAGUGGUGAGACCACCUGCUGCAGACCCAAAAGUCUUGGGUUAGAUUCCCAAUAGGGGCAAGUUUUCCGCUCAGUUUGGUUGGCGUUAGGACUUGUUCUUAGUCCACCUGGCUAGCUACCACCGUCUUACUAAGUUUCUAUAAAUGUAUAAUGUUAGGCCUUCAUCAUUUAAGAUAAAAACUAAGAAAUUAAUUGAGGAAAAUGUUUUUAAAACAAGUCAAGUUGUAUUAGUUUCAUUUCAUUAUUCUACGUAAUUCUUCUGACCCUCCAUAUUGUUAAUUAUGUAUACCUAACUGUAUACUGUACCUGUACCUAGCUAUCUACUAAAUAUUACUGUAAAUAAUAAAUAAAAACAGCUUUUCUAUCCCAUUGUCUACCUCUGUGUUCUUUAAUUAAGCUAUUUAUAUUCACAAGUUCUUACAAAUGUACAAACAUGCCAACUUCUUGAUUAUUAAACAAAAAUAAGUUUUGACAUAAUAGGCUGGACAUCAUAAAGUUUUUCUUAUAAUAAUUUGAGAUUAAUUGUAUUGUUUUCAAUUUAAAUACCAACAUUUUAAGCUAGCUAUGAGUCCAGUCGACAAAAAAUUGUUUUCGUGUAAAUUA